GCGAAAGCAUUUUCCUAAUAAUUGCUCUAGUUCGCACUCAACUCACAGCGACCACAAGAAAUAUAAUAUAUUGCCCUUCUCCGAAAAAGCAAGAAAUAAAUUGUGUGAGCUUUAAAGGAGACAACAACAAAACCCGAUAGACUAGUAUUGCCUAGUAAUUACGCAAAAAUUCCAUCACCUACACAGACGCACGACCUGCAAAAAGAAACGGAAAGUGAAGUAAAAUAUAUAUAGAGAAGAAGAAAAAAGAGCGCAAAAAUGACUUCCGAUAUCGCCAUGCAAUUGAUUGCCAUUUUGGAGAAGACGGUGUCGCCAGACAAAAAUGAACUGCUAUCGGCGAAGAACUUUCUGGAGCAGGCGGCGGCCACAAAUCUGCCCGAGUUCCUAAAGGCGUUGUCGGAGAUCCUGGUGAACACGACAAACAGCGCAGUGGCCCGAAUGGCAGCCGGUCUCCAGCUGAAGAAUCACCUGACCAGCAAGGACGAGAAGAUCAGCCAACAGUACCAGGAGCGAUGGCAUCAGUUUCCCAGCGAGAUCCGCGAGUUGAUAAAGAACAACAUCUUGGCCGCUUUGGGUACCGAGAACACGCGUCCCUCCUGCGCCGCCCAGUGCGUGGCCUAUGUGGCCGUGAUCGAGCUGCCGAUGAACCGCUGGGCCAUGCUCAUCCAGACGCUAGUAAACAAGGUGGUUAGCGAGGGAUCCAGCGAGAUGCAUCGGGAGGCGGCGCUGGAGGCGAUUGGCUACAUCUGCCAAGACAUUCGAUUCGGUGUGCUGGAGAAUCAGUCCAACGACGUUCUCACUGCCAUUAUCCACGGCAUGAGGAAGUUGGAGCCGAGCAAUCAUGUCCGUUUGGCGGCCACUACGGCACUUCACAACUCUCUAGAGUUUACCAAGUCGAACUUUGAGAAGGAGAUGGAGCGCAACUUCAUCAUGGAGGUGGUGUGCGAGGCCACUCAGUGCCAGGACUCGCAGAUCUGCGUGGCCGCCCUCCAGUGUCUGGUGAAGGUUUUGACCCUCUACUACCAGUUCAUGGAACCUUACAUGGCACAGGCUCUGUUCCCGAUCACUUUGGCGGCCAUGAAGGCGGAAAACGAUGCGGUGGCACUGCAGGGCAUCGAGUUCUGGUCGAACGUCUGCGACGAGGAAAUCGAUUUGGCCAUCGAGAGUCAGGAGGCCACUGACCAGGGCAGGGCUCCGCAAAGAGUAUCUAAGCAUUAUGCUCGCGGUGCCCUGCAAUUCCUUACGCCUGUGCUCGUCGAGAAGCUGACCAAGCAGGACGAGUGCGACGACGAGGACACCUGGAGCCCGGCAAAGGCCUCCUCCGUAUGUCUUAUGGUGCUGGCCACCUGCUGCGAGGAUGAGAUCGUGCCGCAUGUGUUGCCCUUCAUCAAGGAGAACAUCGAGUCGCCCAACUGGCGCUUCCGGGACGCUGCAGUGAUGACUUUCGGCUCGGUGCUAAAUGGGUUGGAGACCAACACGCUGAAGCCGCUCGUAGAGCAGGCCAUGCCCACGCUUAUUCGGCUGAUGUACGACUCCAGUGUUAUUGUGCGCGACACCACGGCUUGGACCUUCGGACGCAUCUGCGAUAUCAUUCCUGAAGCGGCCAUUAACAAGACAUAUCUUCAGACAUUGCUUGAGUGCUUCGUAAAGAGCUUAAAGUCGGAGCCCCGCGUGGCAGCUAAUGUUUGUUGGGCCUUCAUUGGUCUGUCUGAUGCCGCCUACGAGGCAGCGGUCACCACCGAGGGCGAGACCCCGGAGACCUACGCCCUGUCCCCGUACUUUGAGUACAUCAUUACUCAGCUCCUGGAGACCACCGAUCGAUCGGAUGGAGCUCAGGCCAAUUUGCGGGGAGCUGCCUAUGAAGCACUCAUGGAUAUGAUUAAGAACUCACCCUUGGAUUGCUAUUUAGUGGUGCAGCGCACUACACUGGUGAUUCUGGAGCGGUUGAAUCAGGUGAUGCAGAUGGAAACGCAGAUAAACAACCACAGCGAUCGGCAUCAGUUCAACGAUUUGCAAUCGCUUCUGUGCGCCACUCUGCAAAGUGUUUUGAGAAAGGUCCACGAGAGGGAUGCGCCCCAAAUUUCAGAUGCUAUCAUGACCGCCCUGCUGACCAUGUUUAAUUCGAGUGCUGGAAAAUCUGGUGGUGUGCAGGAAGAUGCUUUCCUUGCAGUUUCCACACUGGUGGAACUUUUGGGUGUGCAGUUCGCCAAAUACAUGCCCGCUUUUAAGGACUUCCUAGUCAUGGGCCUGAAGAAUCACCAGGAGUACCAGGUCUGCUGUGCCUCUGUCGGACUCACCGGCGACAUAUUCCGCGCCCUUAAGGACUUAAUGGUUCCCUACUCCGAUGAGAUAAUGUCUGUGUUGAUGAACAACCUGGCAGAACCGACUUUACAUCGCAGCGUUAAGCCUCAAAUCCUAUCUGCCUUUGGGGACAUAGCUUUGAGCAUUGGAAGCCACUUCCUUAAAUAUCUAAGCGUGGUUCUAGACAUGUUGCGAGCCGCGUCCAAUCUCCAGACGGAUGCCAAUAAUUUCGACAUGAAUGAAUAUAUCAACGAGCUGCGCGAGAGCGUUCUCGAAGCCUACACUGGCAUUAUCCAGGGCCUCAAGGGCGUGGAUCAGACAGCUCAUCCCGACGUGGCACACAUGGAGCCCCAUCUGAUGCACAUUAUAUCCUUUAUCAAGCGCAUUGCUCAGGAAGGCGACGUUUCGGACUCGAUGAUGGCCAGUGCCGCAGGAUUCAUUGGCGAUCUGUGCACCUCCUUCGGACCGCGUCUGUACCCGCUUCUGGACGAUGCGAUCAUUACCCACUUCCUUGCCGAAGGCAAGCGCUCCAAGGGACAGCGCACUAAGAUGCUGUGUACUUGGGCAGUAAAGGAGAUUAAGAAGAUUAAUAGCCAGGUUAUCACGCAGUAGAUCGCCUGCUAGAGGUUAAUGUUUCCCUGCUUUCCACCAGACCCUCAAGAUUGAAUGUUAUGCAUCCAAACUGUCCAGUCCGAAUUCUCUGAUAAAAAGAUUCUAUCUGCUAAGUUUGUUUGUCCGAUCUAUUGUUGCUGUGCAACGUGUAAAUGCUAAGAAAAAUUGUUUAUAAAACCCCAAUAGUUUUAAGAGCAAAACCGAACCUUUGUUUCGACCCAAUACUUUAAUUAAGGCCCGUUAAUCUUCGUGUGAGUUUAUUUACCCAUUAAUCCAUUGUCCUCGCUUGGUAAAGCAAGCCCAAAAAUAGGCUGCCCAUUGACUAAAACAUUGAUAAUUAUCUCUUCAUGGAAUUAUGACAUUUAUAAAAAUCCGGCUUUAAGGGCAGCCUUGAUUUGGGAUUGCUACGGAAUCCGGCGAUUUAGUAGCCCGAUUUUAAGCAUUACCAAAAAGCUUACGAAGCUGUUAUAUAAAAUUAUGUGAAAUUUAAAUUUAAUUGUAAAAAUCGGUAGAAAACAAUUGCGUCAACAAGUAGAACAUAUUAAAUGCAUUGCACCUCUUUGGAAACAUUAACUAGUAGCGGCUGUAAGAACCACACUUUAAGUUAUAAGAAUUAAUGUAUCUAUCCUACAAUCCUCACUAGCCCAACAAAAAAAAUAUAAAAAAAUAAGAAUGAA